AUGGCCGCGCGCAAAAAAAAAUCCCGCAAGGGCGACGACGCACUGCCCUACGCCGAGCGCAAGAGCCGCGACAUUCUCGUUGCGGCCCGCGACCUGUUCUUCAGGCGCGGCGUUGAAGCGGUGACGUUGGAGGAGAUUGCCGAGGCGGCCGGCGUCGCGAAGACGACGAUCUAUUACAAGUUCGGGCGCAAGGAGGAUGUGUUUGUCGCCGUCUUCGAUCAGCUUGGUGAAAAUGCCGUUGCCGGUUUCCCCGGCGAUGUGGACCUUAAUGCGCCGCCGCGCGAUACGCUUUUGCGCCUGUGCACCCAGCUCAUGACGGCGCUCGCCAACCGCGAAUUGAUGGGUCCGGAGCCCCUGUUUCUGCUCGAAGCCAAGCGCAAUCCGGAACUGGGUCGCCGUUUCUUCGAGAUGGGACCCGGCCGUAUGCGCAGCGCCCUGGAAGAGAUCAUCAAGGCGUGGGUCGACCGCGGGCAUCUGGACGUUACCGACACGAAAGAAGCCGCCGAGGACCUGGCGGUUCUGUGUCAGGGCCUGCUGCCGAUCGAACUGCAGAUCUUUCCAGACCUGAAGCUUUCAGAAGACGAAAUUGCGCACCGCGUCGUUCGUGGGGUCGACAAGUUCCUCGCCAUUUAUGGGGCAAAGGGCUAG